AUGUCCACCGAAUUGUAUGGGCUACUUUCAACAGCAACACCAAACCUUUGCAUCGACCAUGAAGAUGGUGGCAAGGAACAAGUCCAUCUCAAUAACCAGAUUGCGACAUUGGCCGUUGCAUUGGACAUGGUGAAGGAGCAGUUUCAUGACCAGCUUGAAGCUAUCCAAGAUGUGGUGAACAAGAUGGAGAAUACCCUGAGACAGUUGUCAGAUCAUCAUCAACAUCAACAACCCGCUGUUUCCAUGGCUACACCAUUUUCUGUGCCCACCCAUAUGCCCAUGUCUCCACCUAUGGUCACCACACCUGGACAUGAGGAUACGGAUGAUUUUUUCGAUCAAUUGGAACCCAUCGAUAUCGAUGCUUAUUCAUCACCACCACAUGCACAAUCAACUCGUCAUGUAUCAUCAAGUCGCGCACAACCAUCAUCACCAAUCACCACAAUGUCAAACUACGACAUCAUGAUGACUUGCUUGGCCGCAUUGCAUGGUCCAAAUGCUACACCACGUUCAAAAGAUCAUGCUGACACCUUGAUGCUAUCCAUGUUUGGUAAUCGCGAUGGCAUUGUCGUGCUACCUACUGGAACAGGUAAAAGCGACAUGUUGAACAACAGACUUCAGCUUUCAUAUGGUGACGCCAUCCAUGAACAACCAACGCGCUCACAACGACGCCCUAACACAACAAAGACUACAAGACAUCGCUGA